GGGGGAAAAACAAAGAGUCACCAGUGAAAGUUUACUUUCCCACAGCCAUCCCGGGGAUUUGGGGGAAGACAGGGGGGAGAAAACAAGGGAAAGGGUUUGUUACUAUGAAGUUGCAAGGCUGUUCCCCAAAUUUGACAAUUAUUAAACACCCUCUCUGUUAUCAAAAUUCACCCCAGACCCAAGAUUUUUUCCAAACAGUAAAGUCCCCCAAAACCCCAGAAAAAGGGGAGGGGGAUUGGAAAGCAGGAUGUAAACUUUCUAUGCAAACGGCCGACAAGUUUGGCAGUAAAAUCAUUCUAGCAAAUGAUCCUGAUGCAGAUCGGUUGGCAGUUGCGGAAAGGACUGAAAGUGGGUGGCGUGUUUUCACUGGAAAUGAGAUUGGGGCUCUUCUAGGGUGGUGGUGCUGGACAACCUGGAGACAGAAGCAUCCAUCUGCUGAUGUCAGCGAUGCAAACAUGAUGAGUAGUACUGUGUCAUCAAAGAUCUUAGAGGCUCUGGCCAAGAAAGAGGGUUUCAAGUUUAUUGAGACGUUAACUGGAUUCAAGUGGAUGGGAAAUGAAGCUGACAGGCUUCUCAAGAUGAACAAGCAUGUCCUGUUUGCUUUUGAAGAGGCCAUUGGGUUCAUGUGUGGCUCACAGGUUCUGGAUAAGGACGGCAUCGUGGCAGCGGCUGUGGUUGCAGAGUUGGCCAGUUAUGUGUAUUCUUCCUCCAGUUCACUCUCUAAGCAGCUGGAGGUCAUUUAUGAAACGUACGGAUAUCAUGUCAGCCAAUGCUCGUACUUCAUUUGCCAUGAUGAGGAGACUAUCACUGCAAUGUUCAACAGGCUGAGAAAUUUUGAUGGGCCAGGAAAGUACCCCAAAAAGUGUGGCAAGUUUGAAAUUGCCCAUGUGAGGGAUCUGACAGUCGGGUAUGACAGUGAGACAGAAGACAAGAAACCGACACUUCCAACAAGCAAAUCUAGUCAGAUGAUCACUUUCAAGUUUGCCAAUGGUUGUGUGGCAACUUUGAGAACAAGUGGUACAGAGCCAAAGAUUAAGUAUUACACCGAGCAUCGGCCGGAUCCUGAAAAGGGACUGGGGGCUGAAGAAGUCAAAAAAGAACUGGAGCAGAUUGUUGCCAGCAUCGAAGAACAUUUCUACAACAUCAAACUAUUCCCCAAAAUUUUACGAAGGCAGUAA